AUGAUAUUGUCUCUACUCCUCGUUGCUCAGCUAGAUGUGCAUACAUGCAAUCAUGAUCUUGAAAUGGGUAACAUAACAAGAGAACUUCAAGGACCUCAAUCAUAUCGCAGCCUUAAAAAUACCGAAUGGAAAAACAUCAGAAUUAAGGUAGAUUAUAAUUAUAUUGAUAAUAGAAAAGAUGAUGCGCGAACAUGUACAUGGGUUGGACAAAUCGUAACAUUCCAAGGCGUAAGAUACACUUGUAAGAGGGAGCAUAUUUUGACAUAUUCAAAAAUUUUGGCUAUUAAAGGAACACUUAAUAAUGUCAAAUCAUAUUUAGAGAGACUUCUUACAGUAAUUCCAUUCAAUUAUAAUAUUGAUUAUGUGGACUUUCGUAGCCCUUAUGGAUACGAGACGAAUUUUGGCAAACAAAGCGCAUACGGUGCCGAUAUAGUACUUGCAGUACUUUCAAGACCGAGACAGGAUAAUGAUGCUACUCUCGCAUCAGCUGCUGGAUUAGCAGAAGAGAGAACAUAUCACAGACCAAUAUUUGGUGUCGUUUUCUUAAAUCCAAUGGCAGUUCCUGAUACAGCACAAGAUGAAAACACAAAGGAUUCAAGAUUCUUUUAUACUUGCGUUCACGAAAUUUUCCAUGCUUUGGGUAUUUCUCCAUCAGAUUUCCGAAACUAUCAUCCACAUGAUUCCAUAACUCCACAUUCACAAAUAAAAUGCAGUUUCAGAAAGUAUGGAAGAGACUUUUCGUUCUUAGUAACACCAUACGCUCAUAAAUUUGCAGUGAAGCGCUUUGGAGUAGAAGUUUUCGUAGGAGACGAUGGAACUUGCCCAUCUGGAUUAGAAAUCGAAAAUGAUGGCGGUCAAGGAACAGCAGGAAGUCAUUUAGAAGCAAGAUCUUACAUGUCAGAUUUGAUGGUUGGCAUGACAAUUCAAACAGAAUCUGGACCAUUUGCUAGAUUGACUGACGCUGUCCUUGCAAUUCUUUUAGACACAGGUAACUACAAAGUUAACUGGAGAAUGGGACAACCAUUAGUAUGGGGCCACCCAGAAUCAAUUGAUGGAAAACCAAUUCCAAACUUUGCAAUUGGUCCUCCACAAAAUGUUUUCCCUAAGCACUACAUGAGAGACUUCUCAGUACAGGAAGAUUGGUAUUCAAGCUUUGAUUUCAAAUUCUCCGGACCGUUUUCUGGACCUGCACAUAUUAGAGCAAGUUAUAGCGAAAAACAAUUUUAUGAUCCAAAAGGCAUUGGAGUUGGUACAACACAAGUUUAUGAUUUCAUUCCAUUUUAUUUCCCAAAUUAUGUUUGUCCUAAGGGACAGGCUAUCCUUCCAUCAACAAUGCCAUAUAAUUACCACAAAUGCGGCGAAUAUUCAUGCGACGGAUAUAAAUCGUUCACAAUUCAAGUCAACAAAGAUAACAUUGGAAGACAAUGGGAAAGCGUCACAUGCACAAAAGAAAACGCAACUAAGGAAUUUUCUUUGCCAUUAGGUUACUAUCCCAGGAAAGUUUCUUGUGUUGAUCCUGAAAGAUUCUGCAGAUCUGUGAAACUGAACGAGAUGAAGUUUGUUGUUGACCCAUUCGACCCUAACUCAAAGCAACUGAGCAGUGAUUCUCCAACACCAACAGCACCAGAAUCAGGAGGAAAUGAAAAUCCAUCAAGGCCAGGAAUAAAUGAAAACCCAUCAGAAUCCGGAGGAAAUGAAAACCCAUCAAGGCCAGGAAUAAAUGAAAACCCAUCAGAAUCCGGAGGAAAUGAAAACCCAUCAAGGCCAGGAAUAAAUGAAAACCCAUCAGAAUCCGGAGGAAAUGAAAACCCAUCAAGGCCAGGAAUAAAUGAAAACCCAUCAGAAUCCGGAGGAAAUGAAAACCCAUCAAGACCAGGAGGAAAUGGUGAUCAAUCAGAAUCUAAGAAUGAUGAAAAAGGAGGUUCUGCUGAGAGUUCCAAGGAAAAAGAAGAUCAGCAGAAAAAGAGCAAAUUGAUAAUAAUCGUAGUUUGUGCCGUAGUUGCAGCUUUAAUAGUGAUAGCAGUUAUUGCAGUUAUUGUUGUUUAUUCUGUUAAAAAAGCUAAAGAAAACGGCCAGAACCAAGAUCCUGAUGCAGACUUAAUGGUUUAG